ACGUCAGAAAGCAAAUUCAGUUGAUGUGGAGCAGAAGACAAGAAAGAAGGAGAGGGGCACUUCAUCCCCCUCUCCAAUUCCAUCUGACCGUUCUGAACGGAAUGGCUCCGCUACCUCUGACCCCUCACCCUCUGAUCAACUCUCCUCCCUCCAUCCACCUCCCUCUCCUGUUAAAUGUUCCUCUCAGCCUUGCUCUCCUGCUAAACAACCCUCUGUACCCCGGUCACCUGCCAAAAACCCUUCCCCAGUGAAAUCCUCUCCAGUGGUGUCCCAGCCUAGUUCUCCCUCUCCUACCAACCCUCUGGACCGUCAUGGAGACACCAGCCAGGAGGGCACAACAGUCAGACCUCUGUCUCUUCAGGAACACUCUAGUCCAAUGCCCCAGAGACCAGUCUCAGCCACCAGAAGCAUGACUCUUCCCAGGGCCAGCUCAGCCACCAGAAGCAUGACUCUUCCCAGGACCAGCUCAGCCACCAGAGGGUCAGAAGAGACCCAGGGGGCCAGAGGAGAACGGGGGGAACUGGUCAACAUGGAACUUCUUGGGUUGCCUAACAUUGGCAACACUUGCUUCCUUAACGCCACCCUGCAGUGCCUCCUGGUCCUGCCUUCCUUCUCAAAGGAAAUCCUGCACCAGGAACAUCUCUGGAGCUCCUCCCCCUUCUCCAACCUGCUCAGGUGUCUGUCUGAUGUGCACCGUUCGGGUCUACCUGACAGUGUGGCAAACCAGGCCUCAAAAGCAGACCUCAUGUGGAAGGUCAAGUACUCCUUGUCGGGAUACGAUUUGAAGUAUCUGGGGGACACGCAACAGGACGCACACGAGUUACUUGUCAAUAUGCUGUGCCAGCUGAAGGAGGAGGGCAUGAUUCUGAAGACACUCGGGAUGAACUAUACCUGCCCUGUUUCCCAGCUGGAGUUCCAGCUUGUGUCGGUGCGCACAUGUACCAGCUGUGGGCGCGAGUCGUCUACCAGAGAGGACUACAACCACCUCUCAUUGGACAUCAGCCCUGAGCGCACCUUGCUGAACAGCCUAGCACUCACUUUCAAAAGUGAACAGGUUGAAUUCACAUGUGAGGGCUGUAAAGGCCUCCACGCCUCAAAGGUGGAGCAGUUCCACACACUGCCUCUGUGAGUUGUCCCUUUAUAACCUCUCAUAGUACUAGCAGUGUUUA